ACGUCUUGUAAACCCUUUAAGCCAAUCCUGUCGCAGGGGGCGGGAUUUCUCGGAAUACAGGUAGGGAAAAAAAUCAACGCCGAUCACAAGACUGUGACUUCAGCUUCUGGGUGUCGAAGGGCUCUACUUUUGAUUUGAUUACAUUUUUGAGGGCGUUCAUUCACCGGACCUGAACAUUGUGAACUGUCCAUUGCAGAAGAUACACCAUGUUUUACCAGAACCACAGUCCAGAUGUUGUAAGGAGAGGAAAUGUGAUGGAGUAUUACAGCAAUGGAUUUUGCAGAGGAAGCAAUGAAGAAAGGGCACUCAAGGUCACCUUGCUUGGAUAUAAGGUCAUGGAGGAAAAGACAAAGUUUACAGUCUACAAGAUCUUAGUGAAGCGUGCACCAGAGAGCUGGCACAUUUUUAGACGAUACACAGACUUCUCUCGGCUACAUGACAAGCUGAAGGAGAUGUUUCCUUCGUUUAACUUUGCCCUACCACCCAAGCGUUGGUUCAAGAACUUCAGCGCUGAAUUUCUAGAAGAGAGACAACUGGGCCUACAAAACUUUCUACAAAAUCUGAUUGCUCUUAAAGAUGUGAGAAAUAGUGAGGCAGUCAGAGAAUUCCUAUGUCUGGAUGACCCACCCACUGCUUUUGACGAUAUUAGAGAGAGAUGGGCCUUCUGUGAGACACUGGGAGGGACCGACUGUUGCCUUCAAAGAGACUUAAUGGACGAUGAGAGAGAGACUGAGUCCCUGAGAAAUGUCCUGCUGCACAAAGAACUCCAAAUUAGCCAGCCCGAGAGAACAAAGACUGGCAUGUAUGGAACCCAAGGGAAGCUGGACAGAGAGCCCAGAGACGUUUUAACAGCACAGGAAUAUAAAGAAGUGGAGAGAGACGCCCUCAGGAGACCAAAUAAAAGUUCUGAACUGGGGUUCAUAAGGAGUCAUGGAGCGUGCUGGUGCGGAUCAGCAACUGACAGUCCAGAAAAGCACCGUUCUAAGAACCCCAUCUAAUAAAAGAAAAGAAAAGAAAGGGGGAAAAGCCAGCACUUUCUUCAAAUCUUCAGUUUGUUCUUAGUCCAUAAUAAGAACAGAAAAGCAGUUUUGUUUAUUUUGGAUGAAUCAAAACUGAUUGAUGCCAGAACAUGAUUUGGAGCACAAACACUUUUAACGACUUAACUGAAAAGAUGUUCUUUAAAAGGUUUAAUGAUGUUUGUGAGUACAUGUGUGAUUCUGGAAGGUUUGUUUUGUAGAGAUUUAAUAGGACAUCUGUAUCAAACUCACACUUGGACUAUAGCAGCCAAAGAAGUAACGUCACUCGCUCUCUGAUACAAUCUUGUAUGCAAUUUUCUGUUCGUUACCCAGAUUUUUUACUUCUGUUUUGGUAUUGGCUUUUGUGAUUUGGAUUGUGGAAUAAAUUGAUACA